CUUGAAACCACCAUCUCUCGCCUCCUCCGCCUCGGCCCUGUCCUGUCCAUCCAUCCGUCUGAACCCUGCAUUAGCCUGGCCCGCCCAUGCCUAUGCCUGUAUUGUUUUGUUGUCCAUCAUCCUCUUCUGCGUCCGCCUUUUCCGAACCUUGUUGCCAAACCCUCAACCAGCACGGUCCCGCCCAAAACCUAGCCUACAGCCAACCUACCCUUGACCUGGGCUCCAUCCAUAAACAUCGAGCCGCGCCGCCCCUCCCUCCUGUUUCCCCCAGACGCGAUGCCCGGUGAUGCUCCCCGAUGGCGGCACAGGUGUUGAUCGCCCAUACGGGCCAACGCCUAGAGAUAGACACUUCGCGACUCGAAAGCCUCGAUGAUUUCAAGCUCGCCGUCUCCCGACAAACCUCGAUUCCUCCAAACUGCAUAAUCGCCCUAGUGCCCCCCGGCAAGGCCCUCAAGCCCCAGGCCCUACAGACCGAGAAGGAAAUCUUUGUCUACGACAGCCGCGUCACACAGGCCAGCUCGCCCACCGCUUCGCUUCCCGCCCAGCUCGAGCUCGCCCCGCCCAAGCCCUACGCCAUCUCGAAGCCGCCCAACGACAUCCACGACACCCACUCGUUGCAGUCAUGGCAGGACCUCUUCAGAGACCGCCGCGCCUGGGCCCUCCAGGUGGCCCAGGACUGCGAUGAGAUGGCCAGAACGGCCCAGGGGAGCUACGAGCAGGUCGACGUCAUAUUGACAUGCCUCGACGCUGCCGUGGCCAAUCUCGAAGCUGUCGUGCGCGCCACCGAGAGCAAAUACGAUGAGCUGAAGAAGUGGCUCGCGCCCGAGCAGGCCGAGUUCAACGUCCUGGUCACCAGCUGGGAGCAGUAUCUCAGCCUUGCCCGCAGCGUCCCUGUCUCGGCCUCUAUGGUUCGCCUGAUGACGGGUAAAGACGUGACGGGCGCCAAGGGCCGCCCCUCGAAGCAAGCGACGCUCGAAGACCUGGUCGAUCUCGAUGUGGCGCGCAGGGAAGGUCGCCGUGCGCCAGCCGUACUACGCAAGUUCACCACCAAGGCUGCCGACCUGGAAAAAGCCGCCUCACGGCUCAUACAGAAUUUUGACGAGAUCGUCCAUCAGUUCGAGCAAGCCGCUAAGCGCUCAGCUCUGUCGCACGCAGACGAGCCUGCCCAGCUGCUCCAGGACAUCGGUGCAUUGGUCAACAAGAUCGAGACCGACUACCACACCACCCUGGAGUACUCCUCCUCGACAAGGGACUUGCUGCAGGCAUCCAAGAUUGCUGCCACCCACACCGAACGCUUGCUGCCUAGUAUCCGGAGUAGGGCCCUCGAGAUGGAUAAGAUGGUGCGCGACGCCACGCAGGCGCGCAAUGCCCUAGCCGCUGAGUCGCUCGACUUCAUGCGGAGCAUCACUGAGAUGACCAGCCUCACCACGCAGGUCAAGGCCCAGAUCAACUCGGUCGGGCAGGACGAGGAGCUGUCUACUUUUGACUACCUGCGCCUGAUACAGCAAGUUCCCUACGUUUAUGCCUCAUUUGUCGCCGAAUCCAUCAGGCGUCGGGAGUGGUACGAGAAGAUAAGGACAGACUCGGCCACCCUGGCCAACGAGAUGGCGCUCUUCCAGGACGAGGAGAUCAAGAGACGCAGGAAAUGGUUCAAGUCCAUUGGCGAGACGAACUACGGCCCAGAGGCUUUGGGUGCGGAGAGCAACGUCCCUGGCCUCGAAGUAAAUCUGCUGGGCGAGGACGAACAGUGGCCUGCCAUGUCGAGAAAGGAGCUGGAGGAAUUUCACGACACGCUGCAACGGCAGAGGGCCGAGGCGGAAAUCAUGGCCGACAUCGCCAAGCUGAUCGGCGAACUGAAUUCGCCCACAAAACAGCAGUUCAAGCGUCUGAAGGCGUUCAAGAAUGGCAGCGUGCACGAGGCAGCUCUUGGACGCAGCGGGCUCAUGAUCCGCGGCGACGAUGAGGUGCUCCGCUCUUUGCAAGAGGACAAGCUCAAGCUUGAGACCAAACUGAAGACUGCAGAGAGCAGAGUGAGGAGGUUGGAGGACCUUUUGCAUCGCCAAAGCCAGGCCUCGCGGCCAACCCUAGGCAAUAUGUUCCAGACACCGAGCCAGCAACUCCCUGACCGCAACGACUCUACCGCCUCGAUAAGGUCCCCCGCGCUUUCGGUCGACCGUCGGCAGUCUGUCGAUAACCACGAUAUCCAGAUCUUUCAGCGUAUCAAGCAGCUGGAGACGGAACUCAACAGUGAGAAAGAGCGCGCUGCUGUUUUGGAGAGAGAUGCGGCGGCCCGCGCCACGCAACACGACGAUAUAAAGUCGCAGAUGGACGAAGUCAACUCGACCAAAAAGGAUCUACUCGAGAACAUGGAGGCGCUCAAGCGAGAGUUUAUGGAUGAGCGCAAGUCCCUUGAGGAAGAGAUUCGGAAACUGCAAGCUAGGCUUGAGUAUACCGAGGACGAGAUUGAGCACUUUGACGAGUCGCGCGAGAACGAGAAGGCCUCGUACGACGACAAGGUCCGCUCGUUGGAAGCAGAAGUCGAGAGGCUCGCCAAGGAGAAGACGGACGAUGCGCUCAAGGCCCAGGGGCAGGUCGAUUUCCUCCGGAACGAGGCGCGGCUGCAAAGGGAGCGCAACGAGGCACUGCAGGCGCAGCUGCAGUCCUCACAAGAUGAUGUCAACAGCCUGACCCGGAAGCUGAAACAGUCUGACGAGGUCGGGGAAGUGCCGAUGAGGGCGCUUAGAGAUCUGCACCAGCAGUAUCUUCCAGAGACGUCACUCCCAAGCGACAUCAACGACCUUGCUGACGCGGUCUCGAACAAGUUGGCAGACAUACUUGCCAAGGUGCGCACCGUGGAAAGCGACAUGGUCAUACUCAGGUCAGACCUGGAGCUCGCUCAAAAUGCAGCGCGCGAGCUCAAGUCGACCCUCCUGGAAACGCAGGAGAAGCUCUCGAACGAGGAGAUGACAUCGCUGCGCCUCAAGGAGCAGUCGCUGGAGCAAAAGGCCAGGGUCAGCGCGCUCGAGGGCGAGCUCGAGGACGGCCGCAAACAGCUGGACGAGCUUCGGGUGCGGCUGGCGCACGGUGAGACGGGAUCGGAAAGCCUCCGCGUGCGGCUUGAAGAAGAAGACAAGAAGAUCAUGACGCUCACGGAGGACCUGGCAUCGAAACAGUCACAGGUCGGCAGUCUUGAGGAAGAGCUACGGCUGUUCCAAGAGAAGCUGCAAGUCUCGCAGUCCAAGCUGGGGCUUCUCGGCAAACGGAGCGACGCGCGGACGGAGCGUGCCAAGGACCUCAGCCAGCGGCUGUACUCGCAGAAUGAGCGUCUGGUGCGGCUGCUGGAGCGCCUUGGCUUCUCGGUCAGCCGUGAGGGCGGUUCAAUGGCUAUCCAGAAGAUCCCGCGCGCUGAGCGGUCCACGACGAUUCUCAACGAGGGAGAGACCAGGUCUGGGGCGGCGAGCCGGGUGCUGGCGGAGCAGCCCGGGGACAUCGAGUUACUGUACUGGAUGCACGCGUCGGGCCUGGAGGAGGAGGCGGAGAAGUACGAGGCAUACAUGUCGUCGCUGGGCAGUUUCGACAUGGACGCCUUCUCUGAGACGCUCUACCGCCGCGUCAAGGACGUGGAGCACGUGGCGCGGAAAAUGCAGCGAGAUCUGCGGAGCUGCCGGGAGAAGAUGCACAUGCUGCAGAAGGACGCACACGACAAGAUCGCCUUCAAGCACUUUAAGGAGGGCGACCUCGCCCUGUUCUUGCCAACUAGGAACCAGACGAAUGGAGCGUGGGCCGCUUUCAACAUUGGGUUCCCGCACUACUUCCUCCGUGAGCAGGAGGCACACCGGCUCCGCAACAGGGAGUGGCUGGUGGCGCGCAUCACGAGGGUGCAGGAGAAGGUGGUAGACCUGUCCAAGAGCCUGCAGGGCGAGACCGAGUCGCUCAACGAGGAUGACAACCCCUUUGACCUAUCGGACGGCCUGCGGUGGUACAUGAUCGACGCGGUGGAAGACAAGCCCGGUGCGCCAUCGACACCCGGCUUGGGUAAGACUACCGUCGCCGCUAACAACGUGGAGGCGAAAGGAGACGUACACAUGCACCCGAGAUCGGGCAAGGCGCUCAGCCCGCUGGGCGGCCGACCCACGGGCAUCGACGGCGUUAGCAAGACGCUGUCCAAGAGCCUCGAGAGCCGACGGUCGAGCACGAGUUCCAAGAGGGCGCCGUCGGCCCUAGCCGGCCCAUCAGGGAUUCGCAAUGGCACUGGCAGCCACAACAACCCUUCGAGCGAGACCAACAGUCUGCGGGCGACGGCGGAUGCGUCUGCUACCGCGAGCCCGAGCCAACAGCAGGCCCAGCUCAACUCGCCGGCCCAGUCUCCGGGUAAAGUGCCGCCCGUCGACGCCGAGGUACGGAACAACGGCCACAUUGUGGACACGCUGCUUGGGCCUUGAAGUGUGAAGACGGCUAGCUGAUGGACGCGGCCAUCUUGUUUGUGUGCCGGCUUGUCGCAGACUCCCCAUGCUCCUCGUCAUAAUUAUCAUAAUCAUGUAUACAGCGCCCAAGCGCAGCCACCACCACAACAACACGGCCGCGUACCGCCGCCGGUGCAGCGGGAACACAGCGCCGCCUCAGUCGAAAGCCCUGCCAAGAGGAGUGUCGUUUGGGACCACUUGUGGAAUCUAGACUUCGGCUAUGACGGCGGCAUGUGAUGGGGGUUGGGUGCGCACCUAUCAGCUUUUAUUCUUGAAUUUUAUUAUUGUUGUGGCGUGGGAUCCCUUAACACAAACCUUGAGACCCCGGCGUUUGGAUAGCUGUUGAAGUAUCACUCGGACAAGUGCUUGAUACUGGGCAUAUCUCUUGUUGUGGGGUUAUCGGGCGUCUUUGGUUGCUUGUUUAUUUUUCUGUCUUUCUUUAGUUGGACGUUUUCUUUUUUUGUCCCCUUUUCUCCCUUCCAUCGUGCAUCUUUUUUCUCGCUGCCAUCCCUCGCUGCCUCGCUUGGGCAGGUGGCGAUAUAGACCGCGCUGGUUAACAGAGCGGUGUUUUAUUUGUCUAAUGGUCUCCUUUGUCUGGCUUGCGCGUGUUGCCAUAUAUCAUGAAGUAGCAAGAAUAAAUAUCAUCUUCGGAGACCUCAUGACUGCCCCGGCCGCGGUCGGGAACGUCACGGAGCAGUGCC